AUGUUUUUGAAGGAUGGUAGAGGGGGAAAAAUAACAACAGUAAGUGUGGAUGGACUUGAUUGUGUAGUGAUGGAGCCCCCUUUGAGCAAGAGGAGUCAGACCCUGAGGUUAGCGGAUUUGGCAGCGGCUCAAGCCCAUCCUCACCAGACUAUGACAGGCUUCCCGGGGCUGGGGAGUCAUCAAGCUCACUCCCACCCUGCCCACAUCCACCCUGGGGAGUUGGGGAGUGACCCUGGAGUUGCCCUGACUCCAUUCGGACCCGAGCACAUGGCCCAAGCCAGUGCUCUGAAACUUAGCCCCUCUCAGCAUAUGGCAGCUCACCCCGAAGCCCAGACAGCAGCUGCUUUUGCAUCGCCGGCUACCGUCAGCUACCCCGUGGCUCCCUCCCACCCUGGCUAUACUAGUAGCCGGGACUUUAUCCUCAGGAGGGAGCUGUCCACUUCUGCCAUGUUAGGAGAACAGCAUCCGGCCACCAGCUCCCCCCAUCACCACCACCACCACCACCCCCAUAGCAUGUUCAUCUCCUCCACUGGUACCUACGGCCACUCGGAAGGGGGCAGCCACCCCCUCUUCACUGGCAUCCACGAGCAGGCAGCCCCAGGAGUCCACCACCCUCUGAAUAGCCAGGUUCGGCUCGGUUUGGCCGGGGAACUUUACGGAAGAGCAGAGCCCUUCAGAGCCGAGCACUAUGCAGCCUCCUCCAUCCACAGCUACAACUCUAUGAACUUAAAUGUCAACCUGGCAGCAGCUGCCGCCCACCCCGCCGCUGCAGGGGCGUUCUUCAGGUACAUGAGGCAGCCCAUCAAGCAGGAGCUCAUCUGCAAGUGGAUUGAUCCUGAGCAGACUGCCAAAAAACCAUGCUCGAAAACUUUCAGCACCAUGCAUGAGCUGGUUAACCAUGUCACGGUGGAGCACGUUGGGGGACCCGAGCAGAGUAACCACGUCUGCUUCUGGGAGGAAUGCCCCAGGGAGGGCAAACCGUUCAAAGCCAAAUAUAAACUGGUCAACCACAUCAGAGUCCAUACCGGGGAGAAGCCCUUCCCUUGCCCCUUCCCUGGAUGUGGCAAGGUCUUUGCCCGCUCGGAAAACUUGAAAAUCCACAAAAGGACUCACACAGGAGAGAAGCCUUUUAAAUGUGAGUUUGAUGGUUGCGACAGGAAGUUUGCCAACAGUAGUGACAGGAAGAAGCAUUCUCAUGUGCACACCAGUGACAAGCCUUACUACUGUAAAGUCAGAGGUUGUGACAAGUCUUACACACACCCAAGCUCCUUAAGGAAGCACAUGAAAAUACACUGCAAGUCACCCCCGGGAUCCCCCACAGCUAUUGGAUACCCUGUAGUAGGAACUCCUAUAGACGAUCCACUGUCUCCUACCCAGGAGCAGGUAAGAGGGCGAUCCUCAAAUCUGUCACCCCAGGUCGCCAAUCUCAAUGAAUGGUACGUCUGUCAGGCCAGUGGGACCCCAAAUAACAUGCACACCCCGUCCAGCAACGCGGAUUCCUCUGGCUCUGAGGAUGAAGAGUCCUACAGGAACUCAGAGAGGACUAUACACUAGACGCAUAUACAAACAAGGGAGUCGUCUUAUUGGUGUCUUCCCAGGCUUGACAGAUGGACUAGAUGAACAAAGGUUGGGUGUUUUGACUUUUUUUUUCGAAAUAUUUAUUCUUUUGGAAACCCUAUGGUGUUCAAACACUUGAUACUUUUACUAUGCUUCAUAAACUUAGCAACAAAUGCCAUCCUGGACAAAUUGCUUGUUUCUGGGAUAGAUGCCCAAUUAUUUCAAUGAAAAUAAACAGUUCAUCGUUCACUGCCAAUGCAAUGAUUAUUACCAUUUUUUUUUUAAAAAAACUACUUUUUUACAAUUAAGGACGAUUGUUCAGACUGGAUGCUACUGGAAAUGACAGUGUCCUUUUUUCCUGAUGUGCCUCAAAUACGUGAAAUAAAUGUGGGUCUCAGCCUGGUUAGCCAUUUUUGUUAAAUGGCGUCUUCAUGCUACACCACCUGCUGGACUGGAACACAACUGGACUAACUGUACAUUAUACCUAAAUAUUUCUGAUUUUUACAUAGAAAAAAAAUAGUCUUUUUCCAAACCAACACUUUUCAAUUGACCCUACAAUCUAAUAUCUAUAUGUAAAUAAUGAUCAAUGUGGUUUUAUAAAUAUGGAAAUAUGACAUUGGAGCCUGUGGACUGUAGGUUUUUAUACUGACUUGAAAAACGUGAUUUUUUUCCUUUUAAAAUGUAAUAAGUUAUUUAUUGUUGUAAAAAUGGUACUGCAUCUUUGUUGCGUUUAAAUGUGUUUGUUUGGACAGGAAGCAUCGAUAAAUCUGAUCUGGUGUGCAUUAAAUGUAAUACAUCAGAUUUAAAACCACCAAUUCAAUCAUUUUAAAUCUUUUAUAAUGGUUAAGGGGAAUGAAAUCACAAGCAGGUUUUACUUAUGAAAAUACUUUUUCAUUAUUUCAUAAAGUACCUUAACAGUAUUUUAACCUCGUUUAAAAUACAAUUACAAGCUGUGAUGAAAGUGAGUGGGCUAAUUAACUCGAAAUAUACAGUCAAAUGAUGCAUUAAACCGUGUCUGGAAUACGAAUGAUUAAAAAAA